UCCGGCAGCAUCAUCAUCACCUCUGAGAACGUUUAGCUAGCUAGUUGUGCCUCGUAUUUUAUAUUUGUUCAUUUCACACAGAGACAAAAAUGCCAACACUGUGUUCAGCAUACAACUGCAAAAAUCGCGGUCCCAACGCUGAUGUAGGAUUUUUUAGUUUCCCCAAAAAUGACCCUGAAAGACGCAAGCGAUGGAUUAUUAAUAUGAAGUGGAAAGACUGGAAUCCGCAACACCACCACCGUGUGUGCUCCAUUCACUUUGAAGACAAGUACAUUUGCCGGAUGGACAAACGUCAACGUCUCACGCCAGACGCAGUCCCGACCAUUUUUGACUUCCCAGAGAACUUUCAAAAGAAAAAGGCAUCCAUCCACCCACAGAGUAGAAGAGCCAGGAGUGAUGGGUUGCCAGAGAAGUAUACUGCUGCCCCUGCUGUUACAGUGGCCGAAAUGGUAACAACACCAAGCCCCACCAUCACAUCAGAGACAAGCAAGCUGGCUAAAGACAAUACUAAAGCUCCAGAAAAAGUUACCUCUUCAAGUUGGUAUAUCCAUGUAGAUGAAGAAAUCCAAAUGGCUGAAUCCCUCCCAGGUUUCUUCCACAGUGAUUACUGUCUACCACACAGUAUUCGCUGGGGAUUCAAAGAUGAUGUUGCCCCUAAGGUGGCAUGUGAGAACAUGGAGUUCCAACUUCCACCCCUCAAGCACAUAAUAGAGAUCACAGAGGCAUGGGAGUGGCUGGGUAUGGACAUUAGAGGGCCACUGCCCCUAACACCGAACGGACACCAGUACGUUCUGACCUUGACAGACUUCUACUCCAAAUGGGUGGAGGCCUUCCCCCUGAGAGGUUGUAGCUCUACUGAGGUAGCACAGCAUGUAGCUGAAGUCAUCUCUCACUUUGGCUUCCCUUUUGGAAUCCUUGUUCGACUAAAGAGGAAGUUUACCAGUAAGGUGAGGCAAAAUAUAUUUUGUCACAUACUUACUGUUACACAUACCUUGCAACAAUCUUGAGGUUGGUUUAUAUAUGCACUAGCGUUUAAUAGGUCCAGAGUGGUUCAU